CUGACAAGUUACAGUCCAGAGACCAUCGCUUUUGCCUUUUAAGGGAGCUAGCUUGUUUUUUGGGGUGUACUGUUGCUGGGACAUCAGCCAGCACUUGUGUUGAUCCAGGUGUCCCUCCCUACAGAUCUCUUGAUGCUGUCAAGCCUCAAGCUCCAUGAAUGAUGUGUUCUGUCGGUGACAGAGGUGGGAACACAACUCUCAUUCAUCCACCUUGGGCAGGGUUCAUUGUCUUUUCCUGAGCCCUGGCCUCCCAUUGCAGAAAUGACUGACAAGAGGAACCCACCAUUUUUCAAUGAUAACAAUGUAGGCGUGGUGCACUACAAGCUGCCCUUCAGCGAGACCAUGGAGCUUUUCAUAGAGACCCUGACUGGCACCUGCUUCCAGCUGCGUGUCUCAACCUUUGAACAGGUCAUCUCAGUCAAGGCUAAGAUUCAGAGACUGGAGGGCAUUCCUGUCUCACAGCAACAUUUGAUUUGGAAUGGUAUGGAACUUGAAGAUGAGUACUGCUUGCAUGAUUACAGCAUCACUGAGGGCUGCACUCUCAAGCUGGUCCUCGCCAUGAGGGGAGGGCCUGUAAACACCAGACGAGUGACAGUGACCGAUGACUCUGUGAGGGAGAUCUCUGACUGCCUCGACACAGGGAGAGAGGAGAUGUGGGAAAAGUCUCUGCCUAAUAAACAGGUCACUUUCCUGGUGUACCGAGAGGGAGAUCAGCUCAAUUUCUUCCGAGUGGUGGACCGAGGAGAUGGAACGCUCACACCUGUAUCUGAAUCAUUGAGCGGUGGCUCUGUGCACAAUGUGUACACAGAAGAAGAGGAGGAGGAGUCAGAGACUGCAUCUUUACAACAGCAGAUGCUGGAGAACUCCAUCACAAUGAACAAGAUGAAGCUGCUCAAGGCCAAGAUGGAGAAUAUGAACCUUAACAAAAAGCCCAAAAAGACUGCUAAAUUAAAAGUCAGACCUCCAGUGGGUCCACGGCCCUGCAGUGGCUCUGCCCGACACCACCGAAUGUUCCGGGUCCUUCCUCAGAUUGGCCACACCUCUUCAACACAUCUACCUCCAAUCGGUGAUCAGCUGCAACCUGCAGCCUCCUCCCCUGCUGCUGGCUCCUCCCGCCUACCAUUCACUUCUCUCUCAAGACCUACUUCCUCAAGCCAAGCUAAUCCUUCCUCUGUGGCUUCCAGCAUAUAUAUGGUUCAGGAACCAUGGGACAGUCCAAUGCCCCGGAAGAUCAGACUCCCUCCCAAAGUGUCCAGACUGGACAUGCGAGGGCCUAAAGUUAUGAGGGACUAUGUGUACCCACCUGUAUCUGUUCUAUCAAACCCGGUAGUUCAAGAUGAGGUAGCUCUUCAAAGAGACAGACUACCUGUAGCAGAGAACUCAACCGUUAAAGAGCCUCCCAAACCUGUUCCGUUCAGUUAUCCAGAGCCCUUGAGUCUAGACUUAGCUGAUCAGCAUGAAAGAAGUAUGAACUCUAUAGGGGCUGUGGCAGAACCCAAGACAGAAGCUCCUCUUCUGGCCCAAGCCAUCAACUCAAGCUCCAUCGGCACAUGGGCAAUAGGCAAAGACAGGCUAGAGUCCCAACCUGAUGAACAUGCAGUGAGCUCCCUGCACCUCCCACCUGACCCCCUGACACCUCCUCACAUACCACAGCACUUUGAGUUCCCGGGUUCCUCCUUGCAGCCUAGUCCAGCCCAUGCCCUCCUCAGAACCAGCAGCAGCCCUCCUCAUCCUGUUAGCUCCCUCUCACAGACCACAUCUGUACGAGGGUUCAAAGCUGAUUCACAUGACAAGUGCUCAGAGGUGAUUUCCAAAAGCGAGGCCCGGGACAUUACCAAGAUGGCCAAUAAAGCUUCCAAGGAGCCACUGGCCUCGGUGAGCAAUGCAGAAUUCCUGGCUUCGCUGGCAGGAACCGGUAGUCAGGAGGCCCUGGCAGGGCCUUUUGCACUGGGCAAGUUAUGUGGUACAGCCACCCCCCUACCGACCAACAUCCAUCUGUUGCAGGAAGACCUGCUGCGGAGGAUCUCCCCCCUACAGAGCACAGCCGCAUACACGCCGUCAAGCUCAUCAGCCGGACACUCCAAUUCAAUAAAGAUAUUAGGUUUAGGCACUCCAACACAUCACUUACCCCCUAUGAAGGUUCCCACUGGAACAAAGAAGAAGAGUUCAAAGCACUGCUUCCAGUGUGGGAAAAAGACUGGGUUAGCCACCAGCUAUGAAUGCAGGUGUGGCAACAUCUUCUGUUCCAUGCACCGCUAUGCAGAGACCCACGACUGCACUUAUGACUACAAAAGCGCAGGCCGGCGAUUCCUACAGGAAACCAACCCCAUCAUAAGUGUACCAAAGCUGCCCAAAAUAUGAAGGCACUGCCCUCAUUAAAGGAGAGAUACAUGUUAUUGAUCAACCAUUAAAAGAGAGAAAAACUUUCACCAAUAUGUGCUUUUAUUACCAUGUUUGCUUAAAAAUAUAGUUAGAACUGUACACGAGAGGAAAAACAGUGCUGACUCAGUAGCCGUUCCCGCUGAAAACAUACCUUAUUAUUAAUGCAAAAAAGUACUAAACACUGCAUGUAAAUAGGUAGUUUCUAAAAAUAUUUCUUCCAUGCAACAAACUUUUAAAGACGCAAAAUACACCGCUCCAAGCAUAUCUAUUUACAUACGUUUUCUGUAUGUUAUGUUUCUUAAGAUAGAACUGAUGAUCACUAUUCAUGACAAGUCUUGCAGAGAUGCACUUUAGUAAUGCUGAAUAUCUCUUCUGGAGAUUGGGUUUGGUAUGAGGGGGGGUUGAGCUAUGUGCCGUUUGUCUUUUGAAAUGACAUGUUAAGUUUCCUGUUAGAAUGUUCUUAUAUUUCUUAGCCAUUACUACUGUUCUCCGAGUUAAUUAUGUCCAGCAACACUCUACCAAGCACUUCUUAUCAUGGUAAACGCCAAGCACUGUACAUUUGUGUUAUAAAAAGUCUGUUUAUCCAUGGGUUACUUUGGGUGCUAGUAUAAAGGAUAUAGGCUAUAUCAGCCGAGCCGUACACACUACUCUAUGCAGUAUGACCAUGUUGUAUUCAUAACCAGUCUUAAAAAGGCUUGGCAUGAUAAUACGUAAACACUCGACUGGUUGACAUGACGAACGUUCCUUUUUGUACCUUAGUAUUUGAAAGUUGCUCAGAAAAGGCAGCAGUUAUUAUUUACGCUUUUUCUGAAAUGGUCAGGUGAUGAACCUAAUAAAAUAUCCUUGUGUUUCCUUU